UCAUCUUCCUUCUCCUAACGCAUGGUAGUGCCCUAGCUGGAAUACGGUAAAACCUAAUCCGGCACCUUCUCUUAGCCUCCGGCCGGCCAUUUCUCGAUCGAUCUCUUAAAGGCUUAUACUUUAAUUAUGCCCGGACGGCGAAAGAAAUAGGGAGAUUCCCAAAUCCCAUCCACCAUACUCUUCCAGCAUCGACAAUGGGCUCUUUCAACAGAGCCUCAAGAGCUCUUAGAUCGAAGCUAACAGCACUAUUUGCUUCAGCAACAUUCACAAGCAGAACGCAUCCCGUUAUUGAUAACACUCGAGCAAUUCUGUCCCCCUUUGGCGGGAUUCUAAGUGCCCCAUUCUGCUCUCGUUCUCGGCAGAACAGUAAAGACGCUUCGAACAUAGACUUGAGCCAGUACCCUUCUGACAACAUUCGGAACUUCUCGAUUAUUGCCCAUGUUGACCAUGGCAAAUCAACGCUGGCCGACCGUCUUUUGGAGCUCACUGGGACUAUCAAGAAAGGUCAUGGUCAACCUCAGUACCUUGAUAAGUUGCAGGUAGAAAGAGAAAGGGGAAUUACUGUUAAAGCUCAGACAGCUACUAUGUUCCACCGCCACAAUUUCCUUGGCAGUAAUACUGACUUUUUGUUGAACCUGAUUGACACGCCUGGACAUGUGGAUUUUAGCUACGAAGUAUCAAGAUCUUUGGCUGCUUGUCAAGGUGCUCUUCUUGUUGUAGAUGCAGCACAAGGUGUGCAGGCACAAACUGUUGCAAAUUUUUAUCUUGCUUUUGAAUCAAACUUGGCGAUCAUUCCUGUCAUAAACAAAAUUGAUCAGCCAACAGCUGAUCCAGAUCGUGUGAAAGCACAACUAAAAUCCAUGUUUGACCUUGACCCAAAUGAUGCACUGUUAACAUCUGCAAAAACUGGUAAAGGUCUGGAGCAUGUUCUUCCUGCUGUCAUAGAGAGAAUACCACCUCCUCCAGGAAAGAUAACUUCACCUCUGCGCAUGCUUUUGUUGGAUUCUUAUUAUGAUGAGUAUAAGGGAGUUAUCUGCCAUGUAGCAAUAGUUGAUGGUGUUCUCCGUAAAGGUGAUAAAAUUUCGUCUGCUGCAACUUGCCAAACUUAUGAAGUUUUAGAUGUUGGCUUCAUGCACCCAGAACUAGUUCCUACAGGAGUCCUUUUAACAGGUCAAGUUGGUUAUAUUGUUAGUGGCAUGCGGUCAACUAAAGAGGCUCGUGUUGGAGACACACUAUAUCACACUCGAACCACUGUAGAGCCUCUUCCAGGUUUCAAGCCAGCAAAGCACAUGGUUUUUUCUGGCCUAUAUCCAGCUGAUGGAUCUGAUUUUGAGGCUCUCAACCAUGCAAUAGAGAGAUUGACUUGUAAUGAUGCCAGUGUAUCUGUUACUAAAGAAAGCAGCACAGCACUAGGUCUGGGAUUCAGAUGUGGUUUCUUAGGUUUACUUCACAUGGAUGUUUUUCAUCAACGUCUUGAACAGGAGCACGGAGCCCAUGUCAUUUCCACUGUUCCAACUGUUCCAUAUAUUUUUGAAUAUUCAGAUGGAAGCAAAGUACAAGUUCAGAAUCCUGCAAGUCUGCCUUCAAAUCCCAAACAUCGAUUGGUUGCUUGUUGGGAGCCCACUGUAAUAGCCACAAUUAUUAUCCCUAGUGAGUAUGUGGGGCCUGUUAUAACUCUAUGUGCUGAACGUCGAGGGGAUCAGCUGGAAUACUCAUUCAUUGAUAGUCAACGAGCUCUUAUGAAGUAUCGCUUACCUUUGAGGGAAAUUGUUGUUGACUUUUACAAUGAAUUAAAAAGUUUAACGUCGGGGUAUGCUUCGUUUGAUUAUGAGGAUGCAGAUUAUCAGGCCUCAGAUUUAGUGAAGCUUGAUAUCCUCUUAAAUGCACAACCAGUUGAUGCAAUGGCAACUAUUGUUCAUAAAUCAAAAGCGCAACGUGUUGGCCGUGAACUUGUGGAUAAGCUGAAGAAGUUUAUAGACAGGCAAAUGUUUGAAAUAACCAUACAAGCUGCUAUUGGAUCAAAGGUCGUUGCCAGGGAGACGGUUUCUGCUAUGAGGAAGAAUGUUCUUGCAAAGUGUUACGGUGGUGAUGUUACUAGAAAGCGGAAACUAUUGGAAAAACAGAAAGAAGGGAAGAAGCGCAUGAAGCGUGUUGGCUCUGUUGAUAUUCCUCAAGAGGCUUUUCACGAGUUGUUGAAGGUCUCUUGACGGAUUUUUUGUCUUGUUAUAUUGUUUUUUCCAUUAGCAACAUCUCUUUUCUAGCUAGGUGAGAAAUUGUAAGAAAGGAGAAAAGCGGGCAUGUUAGAAGUAAACUCCAAAUAACACCCACAUUGCUUCUUAUAGAGGAAUUUGAGAAGAAAGAAUGUUUUUGUUCCCCA